GUGCAAUUUAACCAAAAAAAAAAAACCAAACCCUAACAAGGGCUUUAGCCUCUUUCGACCAGUCCCAUUUCUACGUUCCCUCUCCUUCUUCUUCUUCGUCUCUGUUCUCUCCUCUGACAGCGGCAAAAAUGUCGAUGUCGAAGAGCUCGAAGAUGCUCCAGUACAUCAACUACCGGAUGCGUGUGACCAUCCAGGAUGGCCGCCAGCUUGUUGGCAAGUUCAUGGCCUUCGACCGCCACAUGAACCUCGUCCUCGGCGACUGCGAGGAGUUCCGAAAACUCCCUCCCGCCAAAGGAUCAACCAAAUCCUCAAACGAAGACCGCGAGGACCGCCGCACUCUCGGCCUCGUCCUCCUCCGAGGCGAGGAGGUCGUCUCCAUGACCGUCGAGGGCCCACCUCCUCAAGAGGAGUCCCGCGCCAAGGCCGCCUCCGCUGCCGCCCUGUCUGGCCCUGGUAUCGGCCGUGCCGCGGGCCGUGGCAUUCCCACUGCUCCAUUAGCCCAGGCCCAGCCCGGCCUCGCCGGCCCGGUUCGAGGCGUUGGUGGGCCCGCACCCGGCAUGAUGCAGCCCCAGAUCUCCCGCCCGCCAGUGCCGCAGCUCUCCGCUCCCCCGAUUUCCUACCCGCCUGCUCCGGUUAUCCGACCGCCUGGCCAGAUGCCCGGAUUCCCUGGUGGGGGGCCCCCGCCGAUGGCGCGUGGGCCACCUCCUCCAGUGCAGCAGCCGCCGCCGCAGUUUGCUGCUCCUGGUGCUAGGCCCGGGGGAGGGCCUCCUCAGCCUUUCCCGAUUCCGCCGCAGCAGUUUGGACAGAGGCCGAUGGGGCCACCUCCGCCUGGGCAGAUGAUGAGAGGACCGCCCGCUCCGCCUCGUCCGGGAAUGCCUGCGCCGCCCCCGCCUCGGCCCGGGAUGCCUCCUCCACCUGGUAGUGGUAUUCCGCUGUUUGGACCACCGCGUCCCGGAAUGCCGCCGCCUCCAAAUGCACAGAACCAGCAAAAUCAGCAGCAAUAGUUAUUGGGCGAGGCUUUUGACGAGUGGCAUUUUGAGGGCUUUUUUUUACAUGUUCUGUAUUGUCUUCUGCUGUCUCGGAUUCGGUUAACAUUUGUAAUGGUUUGGAGUAGUGAUAAUCUGUGUUCCUGAACUGAGGAUUUUUGGAGUAGUGUUAUGUUAGUAAAUGAUGUUAUUUGUGUACUGUGAAUCCCGUUGUUAGUAAUACAUGAAGGAUUAGAUAUUUCACCAAUGCAAAUUCUAGUAUUUCUACUAUUUA